GUUAGUUCUUGCCUCUUGGAGACUGUUGUGUUCAAUGUUAUUGAUUUGGUGUUUCGGUCCUAGUUGCUGCCCUACUGUUUCGCCUGUACACAAAUUGAUAAUAUUAAAGGCACUUUCCUUUCAUCUUUAGUGCAGAAAAUGGCCAUGGAGAACCUACUAAAAUGUCUCGUUCGGGAUUCGCAAGCACUAGGACGUGGCUUCUUGCACAUUAAGCAACAGAGUCAAGUGGCUUUAGAAAUGUUAGAAUCUCAAACUGGGUUAAUGCAGAGCACACCACAUGAGCUACGAGAAAAGUGUUUCAUUUCGCUUCAUUCUGCCCUUGUUUCAAACUCAGGACAUUUACUGAAGCUUGGGCUGAUGGGUGUUCAGAAACUGUUACGAGACAAUCAUUUUGUUUCAAAACAUUGUGAUCCGCCAGAUGAUAGCCAGUGGUUGCUCUCCCAGUUGUUGGACUGUCUUUCGUUUCCCAGUUGGGUAAAAGUGUCAGAAGAAGUUCAGAUUGAAAUGACUAAGAUUUAUAUUAGUUUUGCUUGCCUGGAGUCAAAGUUUCUAAAUUUAAACGCACAUGUCAUCGUAGAUCUUCUCACCCGAUUGUUAGACAUGGGGCAGAGCGGAGGCAUAAGAUCACGUAAACAUCAAGUAGCUCUUCAGACAGCGUCGGUCCAAAAUUUGCAAACCUUUGGCAAAAAUAUCGCCAUCAGCGUGACGCUUAACCCCCAAAACCUCGUCCCUGGUGAAUGUGACGUUAAUCAAGUCAUUCCAAUCAUCCAAUUUCUAUGCGACAAGCUAGAAGAUGGUCUGGUGACGGCUCAAGUUUUCCCCGUCGAAUUCUCUCUCGAGUCGAUUCAAGCUUUGCUCAGCAAUUUGCCUGAUGGUGUGGUGCUAAACUCGAGAAGUCACAGCUUUGUUUGGAGAACCCUUUGUCCCACUCUUCUGAAACUUGUUGGUGUUCCCUGUCCAAACGCUCCGGCCACUACAGACAGCAAAAUUUCCGAGCUGCGAUGUGUGGCGAGCAUUGGUUGUGAGCUGUUGCGUCUCUUUGGCAAUGUUAACGUACUCCGAGCUCCGUUAGAAUCCCUCUUCCACCGCUUACUGGUCACCGAUCAUAUCGCAACUCGAAUUGAAAUGUUCAAAACCAUCAAAGAGGUCUUUUCCAAGCCUCAUCGAUUGUUGGUUAUCGGCGGACCUUUCCUCGUGGAGGGAAGUAAUCACGAAACUUUCCCUGAACCAAACGAAUUCGGGAUUCUCAGAGUAUUGUUCGACGGAAUGGAGGAAAGCAUGCAAACAGAUAAUGUCGAGUUGAGGACCAUUGUUCUAACUUGUGCAAAUACGCUGUUGACUUCUUUAUUGAGUCUGACUGGCUCCCCAACUUCUGUUCAAAUAUCCGAUAGCUUCAUGGAAAAGAUUAACUUGCUCUACGACGAUUUAGAAAGUUGCGACUAUAUUGGCGCUCUAAGCUACCCAACGAGGCUAAGAUUGCCAAAAACCUAUGAGCAGUUGCUGAAAGAUCAAACUACUAUCCCUGUGAAGCCACCCACCAUCAUGAUCGAUCUCACCCAUUUGCUGGAAGAUGAGGAGGCAGCGGAAACUGUGGUGGCCAACAAUGAUGACGACAACUGCAGCACCACUUCUGGUGUGACGGAAGGACCCGAAAUCGUCGACCAAGACGUCGAAUCGGUAGACAAGGAACCUGAAAACGACAUCGAACUUUUUGGCGCCAACGAUGGAUACGCGGCCCGUUCAAAUCACGUUGAUUUGGAGAGACUGGCCGCUCGAAAGUUCCUAGAAGAUCUCCAAUCGUUCAUUCCCAAUCUGGGCUCUUGGCGCAGUCCACUCGAAGUGGAUUUGGCUCUCCAACAGUUCGCAUCCAACUAUUGUGAAGAUGCCGGGCAAGAUCACGUCAUUUUCAAUGCUGACGGAAUCUAUUUGGCCACUUAUGUGACUCUUUUAUUGAACUUUGAGCUUGCCAAACGCGAAUACUACCCGUCACGUACUGGAUUCGUCGCUCAAAGCGAAGAUGAUUUCAUUGCCAGCGUUCUCAACAGCGGAAUAUUGGUUUAUUUGACGCCCGAGUUCUUGGCUGAACUCUAUCAAGGCGUCCUGGUCUCGGACGUCAUCGGCAAUGCAGGAUUCAACGUCAAUGCCGAUUCCAACACAUCGAUGAUGUUCAGCUGCGCAUUUAUCAAUCUUCUGACUGAUGUCAGACAAGUCAAGUGCCCAGAACAAGCGACUUGCUUCCUGUCCGAUUGCCGCAAACUUCACUUUGCCUUCACACCCAACUUUCUGCUGCGGGAACCUCGUCGACAAGCUGGUCUCAAGUUUGCUAGACGUCUUCUAACCUGCUUCUGGGACUCGUUCCUUUUUAUCUAUUCCAAUGGCGUUUCACCGACGUCCAACGAAACUGACAACCAAGCCAUUUCACAGGCGCUGGAGUGUCUUCAAAAUGCGGCGAAAUUAGCCAACAUCCUCGGAUUGCAGGAUCGUUCUGGCACCAUCUUCUCUCUUUUGGCUUCCGUCGCCUGCGGCAAUCCUCAACUUGGCAGUGCCCUGGUUCGACAAAAAUCGUCUCUGAAGAAUCGCUUGAUGAAGGCUCGACUUGCCGGAUUGAUAUCUAAACCCGUGUUUGACAUUGAUCUGCCGCACAUCCUCAGCUUGGAUGUCGUCCUGAACAAAGGCUUGGAGCUGGCGUCCUACAAUAAAGAAGCUUGGACCCAUAUUCUCCGAUGUUGCUUGUACGUGACGGAGUUGGAAAGACGAGUUUAUCAGUCGAGGAAAACUGACAGAUUCAAAGUGGCCACCCAACUGAAACAGUACACAUCUAAAAUCAAAUGGAAACUGAGCAACUCCGUUGGCUCAAAGGAUCAGCAAGGCGAUGACUUGAAUUUAUCCUCAGCCGCUUUUGGGGGAUUAGAUGACGAAAGCAGUUCUACCGACAGCUAUAGUUUCUUGACGGCAGCAAGCCAGCUGCCCAACAACGACAACGACAUCCAGCAGUUAUUGGACAAAGCAGUCAAAUGCGACAAUUAUCGGAACACCGGUCAGUUGGAUAGUAAAUUACUGGCCCGGAUUAUUGGAGUGCUGAGCGAACGUGUCGAUUUGCUCAUGGAAGAUGCGGCCGCCAAGUUGAAUCUGAAAAGUCUGUUGCUGUUGAUCGAAGAACUUUGUCAGUUGUGUCACGUUCAGUUGAACCAUCUUGACGAAGACAACAUCAGCUUACAGUGCCACUGGGUUUUGCAUAGAAUUGGUGAAGUGAUGCUUAGGAGUGUCAAGACUGGAAGGCCGCUCUAUCAUGCCCUACAUUGUUGGGCUAUCGUCGGUCCGACUCUACUCAAAGCUGCCUGCAGUAGUGAUUCGGCCAUCGCCAAAACUUCGGUGGAAAUCUUGCGAUCGAUUAUCAGUCACGUUUUGCAGGAACAACCGGAGCCUCUUCACUUCCACUUUAAUGAAGCGCUGUUCAAACCUUUCGAACAUGUUCUUUGCCGAGAGAAUUUAGAUCCCGAUUUGCAGGAUCAGGUGAUGAGUUCCCUUUGCGAAUUGGUGGAAUGCUGGAGCGGUGAAAUUCGUUCCGGAUGGCGGCCACUUUUCGCUUGCCUCCGACGCUGGCCUCCUCCACCCCAGGGGCCCACAGAUAUCUGCAGCACUAGUCGGCUAAUUCAUUCUGAGAAUAUCAGCACCGUCAAGGAAGUACUGGCCGCUUUUGUGCAACAGGGUGGAUCCCAUCCGCUUAUUUUCGCCAAUGCAGCUAUGGAUGCCAUUCUUUGUCAGCUUCACUAUCUCAAAUGUUACAGAUAUGUAGCAGAGCUCUCUGAUCCGGCGUUAGAUAACCUUCAAAAAUUUGCCAAAAUGUUGGGCCAACUCUGUAGGGAACCACACCAGACGCCCGUGUUCUAUUCUGCCAUGAGCUUGACAUUUUUACCUAACGAGUGCGAUUUCGAGCCGUUAAUCGCUUUGGCAUUGGAGCAUCGUGAUCAAAUGGAUGCCGAAGAAUACGGUUGCUGGUCCAGUCUGUUUGAGGUGAUCAGGCCUCAAUCUGGUCACGCGGUCAAAUUGUGGGACAACCCUACAGGAAUUUACAAAGUGUUUUACUUGCUGUUGGACGGAGUCACUUGCUGUCUUACGCACGCCAAAGAUCCCGUCCAAAAAUCAAUUGGCGAAGUCGUCAUGGCCACUCUAAUACUGCUCAUCGACAUUCAAGAGUACGAGUUUGCUCUUCUCUGCCUGAGAUGUUCCAUUCUACCUGGGAUGAGUCACUGGUUGACUGGUCUGUUGAGCAUUAACCGAACAACUCAAACUGGAGGCGCCAGUUUAGGCACUUUCAAACAAGUAUGCGGCCUACUCUGCGAAGUCAUGACUCGACUUCUCUCGGCCGAAGAGACGAGCCGUCUUGUGGAUACGAAAGACUUGUCCGCCUUAUUCCGGGAAGUGACCCUCUUCUACGUGGAAUGUGCCGUCCAAGAUGACGAAUCCCUCGUGCGCAUUGGCAAUUCCUGCUUGCGCCAUUUGAUCGUCAACUGCGGACAACAUUUCCAGACGCUCUGCCCUUCCGGCGAACUGUGGCAAGUGUCUGCUUCAGCCCUUUGUCUGAUUGUUCGCUGUAGCCUCACGGCGGUGCAGAGGCUCAUUCAGAAUGACAGAGCCGGUGAGCAGCAGGAACGCCAACAAUUUCGAUUGCAACAUCUAUCCAUGCAGAUCUUUAAUCAACCCGUGGCCGAGUCCCUGUCGCCCAUGUGCAGCUGCAACAUAUUCGUCGCUUUGCUCUCUUAUCAGUUGGCUAUCAACACCAUCGCCAAUAUUGUGUGUUACAACAAUUCGAUCCUGACCGGGGAUGAAAAGAUUAUGAAAUCGGCCGUGUUUGCUGAAAACAUGCAACCUUGUGCUGCAGUUGAGCCCAAGAUCCUGGCGAUUUUGACUAGCGUCUUGCGUUUGGGAUGCGAAUUCGGUAUAGACUUUGAGAUUGCACUCGGCAUGCGGAGGCAUCUCCAGAAGCUUUACGGUUUUUCGCAACCCCCUAGUCUUGCCCAAGUGACUGGGCUCAGUUCGGAUUUACUUAUUGUAGCCCUGGCUAACAUUGCACUGCAUUAUUCAACUCACAUGAGGGAUCUCGAACAAUGGCUAGAUUUUCUCAUCGAUUUCUACUUUCAAGAAUCGGGCAAUGAGCUCCCUCCGGCUGAUUCCGUGCCGACUGACAACACAUCAGAGUUCCAGCUCGUGUCUUCCAGCAAGUCCAAGGAAAAUGUUGGAACUAAUGAUAACGACACAACGAUAGUAGUCCAAGUGGAAACGGAAGAGAAAAUUGAAGGAGAAGCCAACGAAUGUGUGACAUCGACUCCAAAGUCCGGGUCAAUAGAAGAGUCGGACGAAAAGAAACAGUUGCUGGACACCAGAGAGGAAAAAAAUGAUGAAGAGUGUAGCAGUCCUUCAUCCUCUGAAUGUCUUUCUGGAGCAAGGACUCCACAAGAAGAUGACCAUAUCAUUAAACAACAGAUGGCGGCAGCUUUAGAGUCCUACAGAAGGCAGAAGAGAUUGCAAACGAGAAUUAUCAACACGGUCGAACCCAAAUCUUCUAGGAUAACGAAGGUCACCCCGGAAAUCAUAUCGAAAAUUCUGCUACUUUCAGCUAUUCGACUCUUGUCUCGACUCGAUAAAAACGUCCAAAAUUCUUUCCAAAUUGUCUGGAAUAUCAUGUCAAGGAUCAAUCUCCACUGCUCUGACCAACAGAUGCGCAAGGCACACGAAGAGUUUGAGCAACUUUUCCCUCUUUAUUCGUUUGAAUCCGACAGUUGCCAAGACACAGUUUGCCCUUGAGCAGUUCAGUUUCCUCGUUGGAAUAUCUGUGUCCCCUUUCAUUUUCCCUUAAUCAUACCUUGCCCCGUUCACCGUGUUCCCCCUUAAUGGUAUAAUUUUCUAUCAGAUUUAUUUUACAGACUAUUUUAACAAAUCAAUCUUUACCAUCAAUAGGUUGUGUUGUUCUAAUAUAAAAUUCGUUUCAGUGGAUCAACGGUAACUACCUUAUUUGAUUCGCAUGAUUCGAAACUUUGAAUGUUGAAUUAAUAUGUCGAUAAUGUAUUUUUGUUUUAGAUAUUGAUUACAUUAUAGUUGUGUCAAAAAACAUA